GACGGUAGGCGGGGAUAGGGGCCUCGGAGCUCCUGUGGUCCGGAGAUGGCGGGGUGGUUGCGGUCGGUCCGGGGACGAUGCGGCCUGUCCGGGGCCUGGAGGUCCGCCACUAGGGGGUGUGUGACCCGAGCCGCACCCAACCCGGAGAGCCAGGUAUUGGCGAGCACAGAGAGGAAGAGCUUCAUCAAGGGACAUCCGCUGCCAUUCUCCGCCUUCCUCACGGACAGCUUCGGCCGUCAGCACACGUACCUGAGGAUCUCAUUGACGGAGAAGUGUAACCUUCGAUGUCAGUAUUGUAUGCCGGAGGAAGGAGUCCCGCUGACCCCGAAGAGCGACCUCCUCAGCACUCAGGAGAUCCUCGCUCUGGCCCGGAUCUUCGUACAGCAAGGAGUGGACAAAAUCCGCCUGACCGGUGGGGAGCCUCUGAUCCGACCCGACGUGGUGGACAUCGUAGCCCAGCUCCGGAAACUGGAAGGCCUGAAAAGCAUCGCCAUUACCACAAACGGGAUUAACCUGGCCCGGCAGCUUCCCCGGCUGAAGGAGGCGGGACUGGACGUGCUGAACAUCAGUCUGGACACCUUGGUGCCGGCCAAGUUCGAGUUCAUUGUGAGGAGGAAAGGGUUCCAUAAAGUCAUGGAGGGGAUCAGCCGCGCGGUGGAGCUGGGAUACAACCCUGUCAAGGUGAACUGUGUGGUGAUGCGCGGCCUGAACGAGGACGAACUGCUGGAUUUUGUAGCGCUGACAGAGAAGCAGCCGCUGGAGGUGCGCUUCAUAGAAUACAUGCCCUUUGACGGCAACAAGUGGAACUUUAAGAAGAUGAUGAGCUACCAGGAAAUGUUGGACAGCAUCCGGCAGAGGUGGCCGGACCUGGAAAAACUGCCCACCGAAACGUCCAGCACUUCCAAGAUGUAUCGGGUGCCCAAUUUCCAGGGGCAGAUCGGCUUCAUCACCUCCAUGUCUGAACACUUCUGUGGCUCCUGUAACCGGCUGAGGAUCACAGCGGAUGGGAACUUGAAGGUCUGUCUAUUUGGGAACGCCGAAGUGUCUCUCAGGGACUUGCUGCGGUCGGAGUCCAGCGAGGAGGAGCUUAUUCAGACAAUCGGAGCUGCUGUGGGCAGGAAAAAGAAACAACACGCAGGUAUGUUCAACAUAUCACAGAUGAAAAACCGUCCGAUGAUCCUGAUUGGUGACGGGAAGCUACCACAGAAAACGACGCAGGGGCCUUUAAAUGAGCGAAUUAAAAGACUCUAUUCUAAAACCGGAUCAAACACACACACUAUACUGUUACGAAGUAAUGGACGCUUCUACCUACCACUACCUGAUUUUAUAAAGACUAGACCGAAAAUCCUGGUGCUUCCACUGCGGGGUUUCUGCAGCGACCCGAAAAACUUGAAUCCCGACCCAACGUGCCUUAAUAAUAAACUGGAGUCUUCCGCUGAACCGACCACUGACCGCCAAUCCGAUACGCACAAUCCCUCUUCGCGGGGAACCUCUGAACACUUGACGCAUGUUGACCGAGAGGGGAAGGUUUUCAUGGUGGACGUCGGGGCCAAAUUAGACACGAGGCGCACGGCGGUCGCUACGGCCGUUGUCCGCCUGGGGCCCAAGCUCUUCCACAUGGUCCGGGCCAACCAACUCAAGAAGGGCGACGUCCUCACAGUGGCGCACAUUGCCGGCGUCCAGGGUGCCAAACUCACCAGCCAGCUCAUCCCCCUUUGCCACAACAUCCCCUUAAGCCAGGUCAACGUUUCCUUCAAACUGGACGACGCUCGGUUUGCCGUGACGAUCGGCGCCGAGUGUAGCACUUACGGUAAAACGGGCGUGGAGAUGGAAGCGCUGACGGCGGUCAGUGUGGCUGCUUUAACCAUCUACGACAUGUGCAAAGCCGUCACUCAUGACAUCGUCAUCGAAGAAGUGAAGCUGGAGAGCAAAACCGGAGGGCAGAGAGGAGACUUCCACCGUCAACCAAAACCAUCGAAAUAAAAGGGCGUGACCCUUCAACUUUCAAAAUGGACAUUUGUAGGCUAGGGCAGUGAUGGUGAACCUCGGCACCCCGGAUGUUUUGGAACUACAUUUCCCAUGAUGCUCCACUACACG